AUGAAUAUCAUACGCACCUGGCGCGAUAAACUCGCGCCCAUCACUCACACGUCUACAUUUCGGUCAACCGGACAGAUUACCCCCGAAGAGUUUGUCCUUGCCGGAGACUAUCUUGUCUACAAAUUUCCCACCUGGUCCUGGGCAGACGCUGCCUCCCCCGCAAAACGCGUACCAUACCUGCCAGAAGGGAAACAAUUUCUGGUUACUCGCGGCGUCCCAUGCCAUAGGCGGCUAGAUGCUAAUUUUGCAGGCGAUGCAGGUCGAGAGGAUGUCAUAAUCAAGGACGGAUUCGGCUCCGCUGGUAAAGGAGGCGAGGAUGAAGAUGACGGAUGGUUGAAUGCCGGGGGCGGUAAUCCCGCCGGUGCCGAGAGCCAGGCCAAGAUAAUGGACGUUCGAACGGUGGAUGAUUUGGGCAAUCUGGGAGACAAGGAAGAUGAAGAAGAAGAGAUCCCAGACAUGGAGGACGACGAGGAUGACGAAGAGGCCAUCAUCAGAGAGCCAGUCGGAACGUCGAAGAAUACGCCCCUGCGCACUUACUCCCUUUAUAUAACUUACACCCCCUACUACCGAACGCCUCGCCUCUAUUUAUCAGGGUAUCUUAACCUGUCAGAGCCGCUUCCACCUCACCAUAUGAUGGAAGAUAUUGCUGGUGAUUAUAAGGACAAAACCGUAACCCUUGAAGACUUCCCGUUCUACGAAGGUAGUGUCAAAAUGGCCAGCGUUCACCCUUGCCGGCACGCCAACGUCAUGAAGAUUUUAUUGGAUCGCGCGGACGCCGCCUUGAAAAUUCGCAGAGAGAAACUCAAACGUGCAAGGGCCGGUGAAAAUGUUAAGAUGGAUCAUGGCCUGGUUGGGCUAGUCGAUGAUACAUCUAGUCUGGUUAUUACUGAAGUGGAUAAGCCCGCGUAUUCUUCUAUCGCAACAAGUGCAGGCGAUGAAUGGGAGGUUCUACAACACGAAGCUAGCGAUGAAGAUGAUGAGGAGGAGCAAGUAGCCAUUCGUGUUGAUCAGUACUUGGUUGUGUUUUUGAAGUUUAUUGCUAGUGUGACUCCUGGGAUCGAGCAUGAUUUUACAAUGGGUGUUUAA